AUGAUUAUCCGCAGACAUUCAAACAUUUUAUUACCAAAUGAAUUAUCAGAUGUUGAUUUUGGAAAUUCAAAUAGUAAAUAUUUUGGUUCAUUACUGCUGUUAAGUUCAAAAAUUACUGCUGGUGGGUUAUCUUUAUUUUCGUUAUCCACUUAUAGACAAAAUAUUAUUGAUCGAUUGGGUAUUUUUAACAUAAUAUUUGAUUCUUUACCACAAGUUAUUCUUCCAAGAAGGUUUCAAUUGCAAGAUUAUUAUCAUAACUCACAAACACAAUCAAAGAUUUAUGGAGGUACAUAUGAUGGUUAUCAUCUAAAUAAUUCAAAAUCAAAAUUGAAAUCCUCAAGCUAUGGAAAUAUAUUGACUCAUGGAUGGUUAACUGUCUCAUCUAGAAUUGAUGCUUUGAUCAAUGGAACACAACAAUAUAACGGUCCAAAAGUUUUAGAUUUUUCAAAUUUUUAUUUGGUUUUAAUUGCUGCUUCUACAUCAAUAUUCUUUAUCAUAUACCAUUGGAAUCUUGUCAAUAGAUUAAAAGACUAUAUAAAAUCAUUUUAUACCAACCAAAAUAUGGAUAAAACUAAAUUAACUGUUGAUGAAUUAGAUGAAAUUUCAAAGCAUGUAUUGGAAUAUUUUGAUCAAGAAGAUUCAGAAGAUUCAGCACAAAAAGAAACCCAAUCUGAUUUGUGUCCAAAAUCUAGUAACCUUGAUAUUGAGUCUAAAAAAGGUUUGAAAAUUGGCCCAAGUUAUACACCAAAUAAUACACCUUAUGCAACAUUAAAGCCAUCAAACGCUAGUACAUUAAAUUUGGAUUUCACUAAUGCAAUUGAUAAUUUACAACACGAACAAUUACCAUAA